AUGAAUGUACAAAACAGUGAAAAACAGUGGACUGGUUGUUGUGAAGCGUUGGCCUGUGGUUUCUGUAGACUCUGGGAUAUAUCACGUGGCAUGGUUGUGGAGGCAAACGAUAAAGAGAAGGUGGAUGAAGUGGAUCUAAUCCUUGCGGCUGAAGAUGGUCAAAUCAAACGCGACCGUGAUCCGAAGAUGUGUCAUCAUAAUGCUAAGCAGAAAUGCGCUCACUGCCUGCCUGUAGAUCCCUAUGACGAAGAAUACCUCAAGUCGAAGGACAUCAAACACAUGUCAUUUCAUGCUUAUGUAAGAAAGUUAACGUCAGGACACGGUAAGGGCUCACAAGUGAAGCGACCAUUGGAAAAUAUACGUUGUACUAUCAAUCUUCAUUGCCCCGCUCAUAAACCAUACCCGAAAGGAGUUUGUACAAAAUGCAAGCCGCCGAUGAUGACACUGAACCGUCAGAAAUAUCGCCAUGUCGACAAUAUUUUCUUCGAGAAUCAGGAUCUCGUCAACGAUUUUCUGAAUUUCUGGAGAACUACUGGGAAUCAGCGCGUUGGAUAUCUCAUUGGAAAAUAUCAACCUUUCACUGAGGUUCCUCUCGGAAUAAAAGCAACUGUAGCUGCAAUCUACGAGCCACCACAGACCUCUAGUCCUGAUGGAGUGGAGUUACUCGAGGAUCCCAAUGAGGAUGCAGUGGACCAGCUUUGCUCGUGGUUAGGAUUGCGACGUGUUGGCUGGAUAUUCACGGAUCUGUGGUCGGCAGAUCGUGUUAAGGGAACGGUUCAUUGUACACGACAUAAGGAUGCGUUUUUCCUGUCGGCUGAAGAGUGUAUCACCGCUGGAUACUUGCAGUCGAAACACCCAAAUGUUACCGAUUAUUGCUCCGAACGAUAUUUUGGCUCGAAAUUUGUGACGGUAGUUGCAAGUGGGGAUGAGCAAGAACAAGUCAAUUUUCACGGGUAUCAGGUAUCUAAUCAAUGUACCGCAUUAGUCGAAGCACAACUUCUUUGCCCAACAAACCAUCCGGAGUUAGCCUACAUACGGGACAAACCAUUGGCUGAAACACAGUACUUGACAGAUGUUCAGUACACAGAGAAAAAUCAAUACGGCGCAGAAGUGCUGAAGGACGGACGUCCUCUGCCAGUCGAAUUUCUGCUGUACACCUUUUCUCCACACAAGAGUUCGGUUCGAUUUGCCAUAGAGAACAGGGAUACCAUGGGCGAAACACAGGGCGGUGCGAACUUAAGUGCUUACUGCGCCGAAUAUUCGCUAAACGAUUUUCUCGAACAAGCAACGAAUUUCCACUUCUUGCUUUACCUUAUGACGAACCAUCUCGUACAGUUCAGUGAAGUUGAGAUGCAGAAACUAUGUUUUGCUGUAUGUACCCAGUCACGGGAAAUGGCAAUUGAAUGGGCAGCCGAAACGCUUAACUGGCAGCAGCUCGUAGCUCUUUGCCACGAACAGGGACAUAGUCACGCCUCAGCUGCCGCUCCAACGUGGUCUUGCAAGCAUUGCACAUUCGAAAACACAGAGCAGCGACCUGACUGUUCUAUGUGUGGUCUUCCGGCGAACACAUGA